CUCUCUCACUCGCCUGCCGUCUUCUGUCACGUGCGAAGGUUGACACAGUUUACCCACCUACUUGCCUAUAGCCUAGUAAAGCCUUACCUUACUUUCCCAUACCCUAACCUUGCUUUACCUGGACGCAAGGAAGAAGAAGAGGAGAUGGAGGAAAAGGAAACGGGAAAACUAAUGAGAAAGGGGAAUAAAAAACAAAAAGGGAUAAUUCCGAAAGAUGAAGAGGAGAUGAAAGAAGAACUAGAAGAAGAGGAAAAUAUAGAAGACCAAAUGAAAGAGGAAGAGGAAGAGGAAGAGGAGGAGGAAACGCAGAUAAAAGAGGAAAAUGAAAACCAAGAAGAAGAAAAGAGGAAAGAAGAAUCAGAACAGGAAAAUAAAGACGAUAUGGAAAAAGAGGAAGAGGAAGAAGAGGAGGAGAAAGAGGAGGAGGAGGAGGAAAUGCAGAUAAAAGAGGAAAAUGAAAACCAAGAAGAAAAGAGGAAAGAAGAAUCGGAACAGAAAAAUAAAGAAGACAAUAUGGAAAAAGAGGAAGAGGAGGAAGAAGAGGAAAAAGAGGUGGAUAACGAGCAGGAAAUUAAGAAGAAAGAGGACACGGAGGGACAAAAAGAGAACAAAAAGAAAGAGGAAAAAGAGGAAGAUGAAGAAAAAGAGGAGACACAGACCUCAUCUCUUCAGACUGACAUCCAACACCUUACUGGCAAAAAGAAGAGGAGCAAGAGGAAGAGGAGCAAAAGUAAGAGGAGACAGCCACUCUCUACGACAGUCCAGAGGUUUUUCGCAUGGCUGUCGAUAGCGAAGAAGAAGAAAAGAGAGGAGAAGAAACAAGAGGGGGAGGAGGAGAGAGAGGAAGAAGUGAAGAAAGAGGAAGAAGAGAUGAAGGGAGAGGAAAAGAACAUGAAGGGAGAGGAAGAAGAGAAGGUGCAGAGAGAAGAGGAGGAUAGAGAGGAUAAAACAAUGGACGAGGGAGAAGCGGAGAUCGAGUGGGAUGAGAAGGAUUACAGAGAAGUGGAGGAGGAGGAGGAGGAGGAGGCUUGUGGUGAUGAGAGAGAUGUAAAGAUGGAGAUGAACGACGAGGACGAGGGGAAUGAAGAGCUUGAUGAAGAGGCCGCGGCUGCUCCUGACGCUGAAGAUGAGGAGGAAGGGGAGGAGACAGAGGAGGAGGAGGAGGAAGAAGAACAAAGGCGGCCACGAAUCUUUGGAACUCGAGGCAUGGAAGGAGAGCAGAGUGAUGCUUCACGAACCGAGGAGGAGGAGGAGGAGGAAGAGGAGGAGGAGGCAGAGGAGGAGGAGGAGGCGUGUGAGGGCGGCGGGUCUCCCUCAUCCCGUCACCGCCCGCUGCCGCCGCCGACUGUGUUCCCGCGGCUGCUGCGUCCCGUGGGCGCCUCAGCGGUGGGCGUGGCGGCGGCGUGGGCGCGGCGGAGCCUGGUUCGGGCGUGGGGAAUGGGCGUGCGGGUGCGCGGCGUGGUGGUGGUAGCGGUGCGGUGCGCCGCGGCGGGCGGGCAGGCGGAGGCAGCGGUGCGGUGCGCGGUGGUGCUGGCGUUCCCCGGCGUGCGUGCCGAGCCCCUGCCGGACCACCUGCCGCGCCGCAGCCGCCACACGCACUAUUUCUGCCACCUGGCGCCGCGCCGCGCCGCCCCACAGCUGACGCAGCUGCUGGUCCACACCCGCCGCCUCACCCGCUUGGAGCAACGCCUGCUGGACCCGCCGCAGGCCGCGCGCCGCCGCGCCCGCCUCUUCUGCCGAGCCGCGCUGCUCUACACGGGGCGCCUGCACCACCAGGCGUGUGUGCGCCGCCUGCACGCCUCUUACGCGGCGGUGGAGCGGCGCCGCGGCCACACGCCCCUGCCGUGCCGCGUCUUCACCCGCGCCUUGGCCGCCACCUUCCCCGCCGCCCUAAUUACACCGCGCCAGCCCCGCCGCCCGCGCCGCGUGGUGGGCGUGUGCCUCGGCCCCUGCCCUGUAUGGAACCGCCCCGCAUCGCCGCGCUAACACGCCCCGCCACGCGCGCCUCGCAACACCACGGAUGAUCCAUUACCUGGCGACGGCGGCGGCGGCGGCGACAGGUGACAACGCCCAUGCCUGUCUCCUUCCGUCCCCGCCUGACCUUGGCCUCCCUACACUGUUACGGCCAGACCUUGCCGCCGCGCCCCGCCCCGCCCGACACCUUCACCUCCGGCCCUCUCACUUUUUCCCUUUCUCUUCCUUCCUCCUCCCUCCCUUCCUUAACCCCAUCCCCUGUCAUCCAUACCCCCCCCACACACACACACUCACACACAAACACAUCACACAAACACACACACAAAAAAACAAGGGACAGAGGAAGAAUGGAGACUGGGACAGAGAAAAGGGGAGGAAGAGGAGGAGGAGGAUAAGGUCAGGUUGGAGAUAGUACUUCCCUCCCUCCCCAUCCGUUCCCCUGUCAACACCCCCCCUCUCCCCAUCUACCGCCGCCCACUCCGCCGCCGCCGCCGCCCAUUUAUAUGUUUCUUGAUUUCCACAAUAA